AGGGACAAGGAUCGGCCAUGAUGCUCGGUACCUGGGAUAUCGUCCUCAUCCUUGAGUCCAAGUGCAUCUUUGUCGCUAUCUUUGAACAGGGCCCUUAUGGUAUAAACAGCAAUUGUUGCACCAUACAAAGUCGUUGGUGUGUCUGACACAGCAUCAUAAGUCUGAGCUGUCUGCAGAUAGCUGUUGUUGUCUCAUCGUCCCGAUUCUCACUAGUAUCAACGCGCAAUGAUACGGUGGUCCAUCCAUGAGGGCAUGUGCCUGGGCUGUAAACCCCUGUAAGGCCUUUAUCGAACAUGGCAUCGGGAUAGCAAGACAAUGACCUCGCUCCAGCAAUUGGCUGCAAAUCAAGCAUUGCUGCGAGGCCAUCAGAACCCGACCUUGGUACCUUGUUUGCAUCAAAAGUCCAUGUGCAAUCAACAGGCCCGGUCCAAGGUGUGGUCAUCGGUGGAAAUAUCCCGUCAUCGUCUAGGUCGUCUUCAUUGGUAGGCUUAGGAGCGAUCACAAGUGUUGUCGGAGCAGGCGUUGGGUCGGAUAGAGAGAUGGUUGAUGAUGGCUCGGCGGAAGCUAUUGACGAUAACCCAGAUGAUGUGGACUCAUCAUCCUCGAUCGAAGAAGACAUAGUUUUGGUGACCGCAAGGAGUUGCAGUUAAUUGCAAACAACUUUAAGCUUAUAUGCCAGGCCGAUCCGACUACAAGCCGCACCACGAGUGCUCUGCUUGCCGUCAACUCGGCGUAUCAAUGACGAUCGUCACACUUGUCCAUCCGGCAAUGCGACCAAUAGUUUGCGUUCUCGUUGGAUAGUAAGGGCGCGUGAAAGAUUCGCUGGGCAGGCAAUCUGCAGUGUGGGGUUUCAGGCAGACUUGGCUAUAUCUCAGCUGCAGACAAGAAGACGCGCGUGAAGAAUAUUGAGGACAGCGUCUGUAGCAAUGUCGAAGGCCAUCCGGGCGUAGAUAUUACAGAGGAGCGAACCGAUGGGGAUAGAUAUAUAACACAGACGAGCAAGACAAGAAAUGGUGACAAAUGAAUAAAAGGAAAGGAAAGGUUCGUACCCAAGAAACGACAAGAACCAGCCAAGCAAAGCAAAGCAGACAGCAGACAAGUCCAUAGCAUGCCUGCCGAGCAGCACCAGCGAGAAGACGGGCACAGUAGCGUUGGUGUUCCCCCUUCUGAGGCCUUUGAAGGCUUGGCGAAAUCUUAUCACGGGUGGGUGCCGAGAAACGCCAAGGCCUGGAUUGCACCGAAACACGUCCACGUUGACCGCUUGGGCUCGUCCAGUCUAAGCCGAGCCUUUUGGCCCCAGUGCCACGGUCUUGGCUGA